CGAGCGGCGUCCGCCGUCGGAGCCGCAGCUCAGCCGCUCCGCCGGCUCCGGGGGCAAAGGCCAAGCCCAGGGCAAGGGCAGCCACGAUGGCCCUCUCCCUGAACCCCAUGGCCGUCUUCGGCGCCAUGGGCAGCAAGCGCGAGCUGCCCCCGCCGCCCUCCAAGACGCCCAAGAAGAAGCCAUUGAGCAACCGCGACCGCCAGACGCCGCCGGCCCGCGUGAAGACGCCCAAGUCAUCGUUGAGACCUAGAUCGUCCUCCUCGUCGCGGCCCAACAGUUCCGGAGCGGAAAUGAUGAAACUAAUCGACGACCUCGUGGAGUCGAUGCCGGCGCCACAUCAAGAAAUGUGUGUGCGCGUCAUGUCGCGCAUGGAUCCGAGUCACAGACGCGUCUUCACGGAGAUUUUGAGCGAGGUUGUUACUGAUGAGGACCAACAGUUGCGGGCUUUUUUUUGCUGCGAUUCGUUGUUGAGCAAGUACGGGCCUACGUCUUGCGAAGCGUUGGUUACUGCUUUUCAAGACGACGCCGAGGAAGCAGGGAUGAUCGUGGAUUUACACGCCUGCUUUGUUGAGGAGAGAUGGCGGGAACUGCCCGAACUACCUCGAGCGCAGCGGACUGAAUUGAUAGAUUUGAUGAGAAAGAUGACGCACGCGGAGCAGAAGAAGGUGGGACGGGCGUGUGGGAAGUUGUUGCCCAUGGUCUGCGUGCUACAGCUUUUGAAUGAACUGCCGCCGAAGUACUGUCCCUUAUGCAGGAUAAAGCACGCGCACGAGGAACAAUAUCUCCUGGAGCAAGGGCUAGAGGAGGAAACGAGUCAAAAUAAAUUGGCGUUACCGUUCACGCCCGACGUCUACUGCUUCGAGGAGCGGAGUGAGGACCCGUCCGAUGCCAACAGCAGUGAGUUGAGAAAGCUUGGCCUCGAGGAUUCGGAUGCUUGUGUCAUUUUCGACAAGAAGGGCUACAAUUUUCGCAUUGACACGGCUCGCAUAUGUCCCGAAUGUCGACGAGGUGUGUACGGUGUGAUGGCUCAUCUAGCCAAUGAUAGAGAAUACCACCACUUAACCGGUAAAAAAAAGUUCAAGCAGCUCGAGGCGCGCAUGGCGAAUGAAAAAGCGAGGGCGGCCUGGUGGACGGCGGAGCACCGUCGAAGUUUACUCCAUGUGGCCAUCAUCGCUUUGAAUGAAGUGCGCGAGAACGUCGAGACGCGGGCGGAACUUAAACGAAGACAGGCGGAGCAACGAGCGCGGCAGCUUUUGCUGGAUGACGCUGCGGAAGCGAAGGAGGUCGCCCGGUCAGCCGUGGUCGAUUAUACUAGAAGGAUCGCGGAGACGAUGAAAUCUAAAGAUAGAGAGGUGAUGGAGCGGCAACUCGCGCGGCGGGACUUGUAUUUCCGACUGCAGUCGGAGAAAGAAGCGCGUACUAAUUGUGCACCUCGGAAGGAGCGGUGGAGGAGAGAUGAGGUGCAGAACAACGGCAUCUCUUCCCGCAAGAGGGAGUUUUCUGAUGAUGGCGUGCCGCUGACGGCGGCGGCGGCGGCGGCGACGUUCGGGUUGACACCUCUCGUGGUGAGGGACGAGACGGAGGAAUUGCGAGCUUUUAGGCGGGAGGCCGCGGACUUUGAGCGGCGGUCGGACGCUUCUCGCAAAGCCUUCAGGGAACAUUCCGAGUCGAUAGCGAAGCGCGAGUUCUCCACCGACUGCGAGGGCUGGGUCCACGACGCGCUGAUGGUGGAUGACUUGCGGGAGAAGAAGCUCAAGCAGGAGCAGGCUGCUCGAGAAGCUAGAAUACGCGCCAGGAACGCCGAAAAGUUGCGGCUGAAGAAGUUGCGGGAGCAGUUCCGAGCGGAUGGCGUGAUCCGCGCCGCCGACGCGCGCAUCGCGGCUGAUGAAAUACAGAAGCGCAAGGUGCUGGAGGUGAAGCGCGAGGCGUCAGAAAGGACGCAGAUGUGCCUCGCGGAGGCGGACCAGAAGGUCGUUGAUGAGUACUGGGGCUUCCACCUCCAUAAGGAGCGGGAGUGGCGCCUCGCGGAGAUGGCUAGAUUGAUCUACCAGCUCCGGCUGGACACGACGAACGAAGUUAUGCGGAAGACGGAAUCCGUCAAGCCCUUCUUCGAGGACGAGGUGGAAAGGAAGAAGCCUCCCAGUGCGGCGCCGGUCGACCCAUUUGAAGGAAGGGGGCCGCCGAUCUACAAGAUCUAAUACUACUGUUGUUUACUUACUUCAUAUAUACACGGUCC